AUGCAUCGGUUCAGUUGUGGUUCUGCUGUCAGCCGGAGCGCAGAAUGGGAAGUCUCCAAGAGUUCCAAAAGUUACCGUACAAUCCGGCAGCUCCGUUAAAAUCGCGUCCCCCGUUGGUGACCGCUGUGCUGGUGCUGAAAAUCGUCUUCAACGUGGUGAUUUUUCUUGGCAAGUUAAUCCCGCUGGUGGUGUAUUUGUUGCUGAGAAAGCUAACGGUUUGGCGAAAGCCAAAGGACAUCAAAGGGUGGCUUGCUUUGGUUACUGGCGGUGCCAAUGGAUUGGGUCGUGCGAUAGCGAUCGAAUUGGCCAAGCAGGGAUGCAACGUUGCCGUGGCCGACUUGGAUGAGUACAAUGCUUUGCGCACGGCAUUGGAACUUCGCUAUUAUGGGGUGAAAGCCGCCUCGUACAAGAUCGAUGUGGCGUGUCCCGAGCAGGUACAAGAACUGCAGCGUAGAAUUGAAGCCGAUCUUGGACCGGUGGACAUCCUGGUGAACAAUGCCGGAUUGGUGCCGUUUUUAGUUUCGGAUGAGUACGUGCCGGAAAAUCUCCAACGGCUGAUGAAUGUUAAUAUUUUGGCUAAUUUCUAUACGGUCAACACAUUUCUCCCCGGUAUGUACGCUCGACAGAAAGGUCACAUCGUUACCAUCGCGUCAGCUGCCGCCUACAUUCCGCUUGGAUUAAUGCGACACUAUUCGACAACAAAAUACGCCAUGAAAGGCUUCAUGGAGGAGCUUCGCGACGAAAUCAAACUGGCCGGUCAGACUAAAUUUAUUAAAACCACCACGAUUUUUCCCUUUCAACUUAACACCAGAAAAGAGCUGGUGGAUGCUGUUUUAAAGAUGCCAUAUUUCUCCAAACUUCCCGUGAUCGACCCGGAUCAGGCAGCGAAAUCGAUUGUCCGCUCGAUCCGAUGCAACAGACGAAAGGCCUUCGCCCCCGAUUGGUUCGGAGUAUGGCUGAUGACGUUUAUCGAUGAUAUGCCCCGGAAGAUAAAAUACCUCUUUCAGGACCAGUUUCUAGGACAGUGAGAAUUAACCAGUUAACGUUUGUUUCCUUGAUUAUUUUCGGCUCGGACGAUUUCACGGUUUGCUGCGUACCGCCGUUACACAGCUGACUAAACAAAGUAACCGUCGUCGUAAUAAAUGCUUAUAUUUCUAAUCAAUUAAUAUACACGAGUAGUACAAAA